GUGCUUUGCAUGUUAUUGAUGUUCUUGUUUUCAUGACGGAGAGGCGAAUUUAAUUCCAUUCAGUGCCACCAAACACCGACAAAUCAGGAUGAUUAAAGCGAUUCUGAUUUUUAACAACCAUGGCAAACCGAGGCUCAUCAGAUUCUAUCAGUAUUUUGCAGAGGACAUGCAGCAGCAGAUCAUCAGAGAGACGUUUCACUUGGUGUCUAAGAGAGACGAUAACGUCUGCAAUUUCCUGGAAGGUGGCAGUCUGAUCGGAGGCUCAGACUAUAAGCUGAUCUACAGACAUUACGCCACGCUCUACUUUGUGUUUUGUGUCGAUUCGUCUGAGAGCGAGCUGGGCAUCCUGGACCUGAUUCAGGUUUUCGUAGAGACACUGGACAAAUGCUUCGAGAACGUGUGUGAGCUCGACCUGAUCUUCCACAUGGACAAAGUGCAUUAUAUCCUGCAGGAGGUGGUGAUGGGAGGGAUGGUGCUCGAGACCAACAUGAAUGAAAUCGUCGCUCAGGUUGAGCUGCAGAACCGCAUGGAAAAAUCUGAGGGUGGACUAUCCGCCGCUCCAGCUCGAGCCGUCUCAGCCGUGAAAAACAUGAACCUUCCUGAAAUCCCACGCAACAUCAACAUCGGCGACAUCAACAUCAAAGUUCCGAGUUUGUCUCCGUUCUGAGUCACAUGGCUCCUCCUCUUCCUCGUCCUCGCGGUUAUCUUCACUCAGUCUGAGUUUAUUUUUUUUACCUUCAGGGGCCAAAACUCUCUCCAUGAAUCACAGAGCAUUUUAUUUCCUUAAUCACUGACAAUGUGUUUGUGUGUGCGUGUGUGAAGUACUUGAUGGUGAAAAGGAAACCAUCAGUAGCUCGUUAGCGUCACUAAGCCAUGUUCUUGUUGAUUUUAGUAGAAGUGUGUUUUGUGUUCGUGUUAUUGAAAAUUCGAGUAAACCGAUGAACACGUCUGAGUUUAGUCUGUCUAACCCUCGCCAGCUCUCACGCAGCCAUCACACACUUUAUUUAUACUCGGAUUAUUGUGUUAGACUAUUUAAAUGUUCCACUACUGAUGUUGAUGUUUUAUGUUGUGUGUCCUGCUUUGUGGUGCUAAUAAAUUCAGAGCUCUGG